AGGCAGGGACAGUCCAGGGGAGUGGGCAGUGCUCCUGGUCUGACAGCUAAACAGUGAGGAGGACUGACUGAGUGCAACACCAAGCUACUGGGAGAGAGAGAGAGAGAGAGAGAGAGGUGGAGAGACUGUGGAACAACAGUACCGCCAAGGAGACCACAGAAACACUCUUCUCACCCCCCUUCACCCAAAUCCCCAACUCUGCAGAGAGAGAGGAGAGAAAGAAGCAGCAGAGGCAAACAAAAGCAUUCUUGGCUUUCAGUUUAAAAGAAGAAGAAAGAGAAACCUUAACAAUACUUUGGAGCGAGAUCAUUUACUUGAGAUACAAAUUCAAGGAGAAAGGCGUGACAGGACGGCGUCAGUCAGCGGUUUAUCAUCCCUGAACCGUCUCCAGACACCAAGUCAGAGAUCGGAGUGCUGCAUGAAGGAUAAAUACAUCUGGGAGAAGAAACGAGCAGAAACAGGAUGAGGGUGACUCUGAGGCUCACGUGGCUGCUGCUUUCACUCAGCUUCAUAUUUCACAGCGUCUGUUCAGAUGACGUUGACAAUGUUAACACUGCGUCGAACAAUACGGCUACUGCCAUCACAUCUGUGCCAGUGACUGUGUCGACCAACAAUACUGCCAUUGUGCAUGUAGUUUCUGGUACAGUUCCAACUGUCGGUGCCACAACCAAAAACGAAAUUACGCAGAUACCAGUAACUACAAAGUCAGCUACUGCAGUCACCACGCAAGGAAACACAGCUCCAUCCACGGCUGCAGUCACACCGAACGUCAUCCAGACAACAGCAACAAUAACUCAUAAACCAGUCACUGGCAUCCCAACAGCACCAACCACUCAGACCUCUGGUUCUGCCACUACUGUAGUGAAAACGACCACUCCUCUCCUAGCUGCAACAACCGACAACAACAACAACAACAACAGUGUAGUGCGACCCACCAACACAUUACAGAAUCUUACAGCCUCUGUACCCAGUAACACCAGUGGGACUGAAGCGACCGUCAGGACAUCAGCAGAUAAUGCCAGUGUGGGGAAAACCACAAUCCCAAGCUCGACAGAUGCCCCAACAGUGCAACAGUCCACGGCCCACACCAUCACCACCACUUUAGACACGAACCAGGUCAGCCAAAGAGGUACAGAGAAAACAACUGUGACAGCUGCAAGCCACGGACAGUUGACAACGGUGCCAGCUGGGAACAAAGGGACAACCGGCACCCCCUCCACCCUAACCAAGGAGGUACCUCCCGCAGCACAGACCUCAGGUACCACGGCUUCAAUCAUGCCCAUGCAAACCACCUCCAACUCCAAAUCCACUUCCAACACGACCACCACCACGACCACCACCACAGCUCAGCAAAAGCUGUUCAUGUAUUCUCUAAAUAACGGACACGAGUCAGAGGAGGAGAAAGAGUUGGUGCAGGUGUGCAAGCGGCUGAUGAUGAAUUUGCAAGAUGGAAACUGCUCCCUGUCAUGGCGGCACCAAAAUGGCAAAAUACACUUUGACUCUGUGGAGAUAAAUGGCAAAGUGAAAACCAACGUGGCAUCCCAGUAUUAUGAUGAAAUCACCAAGAAACCAACAGAUAACAAAACUCUGAUAGCCAUCCUGGCCUCCUGUGGAGCUCUGCUCAUCAUGAUAGUUAUCCUCGCUCUUUGUGCCUCCCACCACCGCAAGCCGUACAAUGAGAACCAGCAACACCUGACGGAGGAGCUGCACACGGUGGAGAACGGUUACCACGACAACCCCACGCUGGAGGUGAUGGAAGUGCAGCCAGAGAUGCAGGAGAAGAAGAUGACGCUGAACGGAGAGUUCAACGACAGCUGGAUCGUGCCCAUGGACAAUGUGCUGAAAGAGGACAUGCUGGACGAGGAGGACACUCACCUGUAGAGACGACCAGGGACAGAAUAGAAGAAGAAGACGACAGUGACGGGACAAAAGAAAUCCACACUUGCUGCCCCAUGCCAGCCUUAUCCACUCACCUUACACUCCCGACUCGGGGAUUCUUGUCCCUGCGGCCUGUAGAGACUUUCUCACAAAGAAAUAUAGAACCCACAAGCUCCCAUUCGAUUUAUUCCUACUGUGUUUUCUAAAAAAUAUAUAUAUAAAAAUAUAUAUAAAUAUAUUUCUGUCCACUAAACCAAUCACUGAUGUGCCUGUAUAGUAUAUAUUGUUAUAUUUGAUAAGUGUGACUUCCUACAGAGCACAAUUCAAAAUACGUCAUUCAAAAAAACUCAGUAAGUGCCCCAACCCCCGAGAGGAUUGUGCCUUUCCUUCGACUGUAUUCAUAGAAAAAGCUGAUUUGUAAAUAGACUAUUCUUAUGUUCUUUUCUGCAAACGAGGAAGAGCAAGGAGAUGUUGCAAACUCAACACUUUGCUCUGGAGGCCCAAGAGAAAGAAGAUAAGACAGAGAGGUAACAGCAAUGUCAGCCGCGUCGGCAGUUCUAGAGUUACUAACUUAGAUAGAUGACCUCAGGAUACUUCAGAGCGUCCUGGUGAAUUUCCACUACUGCAUGUCAGCUAUAAGGGAGCUCUCUGUAACUGGUGCGACUGAGCACUAACCUUAUUCAUAGAGAAUGUCCACAGAGGUAUUGCUUAAAGCAGAUCAUCUUUAGAAAUAAGACAGUUAAAGUGUUUUAAUCCACACUGACAUAUAUUGACCUGAGGGAUUGACUCGUGGCUUUCCAUACUUGGAGGAUGUCUCUCGGAGGCUUACCUUCUUUCUUUUUUUUUAAAUGCCUUAUUUUGAAACUCUAUGAAUAUUUUUCAUCUUCUGUUUUAUUUUUGUAGUUUUGCCCAACAUUUCUAUUAGUUAAAAAAAACAUUAUACCUAAAAGUAUUUCCUGAUUUGGAGCUAAAACUGGACAGUGGGUCAAGUUCACGCUCUGCGCAAACAAAGACUGCAAAAGGUGGCAGUGUCUCGUAGCUUGGAAAAGAGACUAUGUAAGAAGAAUUAAUAUUCCUCUUACAGGCUGAAUUCAUAAGCAAUACAACAUACCCUUGAUUACUACAGGGGUUAGAUGCAUUAGGCUUAUAUGGUCUGGUAUGACCAGUUGCCUAGGGCGGAUAAUUAACAUGAUUAAAAUGGAACAAAAGAAACAACAUAACUGAAAUGAAGAGAAGCAUGAUGGUUCAUUAUUCUGCACACAUGCAAAUCACAGCCUGGUCAUAUGAGUUUGGUUAUGAAAUAAGUUUAGCUAAUGUGUCUGUUUGUCUGACUGCUCAGGUUUCAUACCACAUUGGACUGUACAACAUAAUAAAUCCUGAUAGGAGUGAUGAUAAAACUACUAAAAUGACACAGGUUGUAAUAAGGUGGAGACUGUAUAUGAAUUCUUUUCUGAAGAGAAAGAAACAUUUGUCACUCUUGGAUGUUCAAUAAUCAUUUUUAUGGGUCAAGCUGGAAAACAGGUUGAGACUAUCAUACACUUCUGUCACAAACAUGCCAGCUUCUCAAUAACUCAAACAUUGGCAAUAAAAGAUAAUAGAUGCUGGUUUUGUUUUUUUAAAGCGGAUAUUGGUCAAUACUGAUGUUAUUAACUUGCAAAUACUGUAAAUAUUUGGUUUUCUGUUCUCACUUGCUGAUGCUGGAGGGGUGAAGAUGUUAAAACUUUCCCAGCAGAACCUGAGCACAUGUUUGUUUUCUCAUUCUGGAUUCUGUUCAGAUUAAUAAUUUACUUCCCUUUAAACCAUUUAAGAAGUUAAUAUAUAUUUACUUUUAUAUAAGAAUCCAUCACUUUGGGCACUCCAAUCCAACUUUUUAUUUUUAUUUUAAAAAUUGUAUGUGUGUUGCGUGUGUCUACAAUCUCACUUUUAUUAUAGCUGUGCCAUUUUCACCAAAGUACGUUAUCAGUAUUUUAUGUAUUUAUGGUUUGUUUGCUGCUGAAGGCGAACAACAGGGGUCUGACACACUGGAAGCUGUAAAUUGUCGAUCGCCUCGGCGGUCAUGUUGUUUUACCUGUUCAGAUUUGCAAAUAAAAGGGAAGAGUUUUUCCACUUUGUUCUGUGAAGCUGUUGCUGUAUUAUUUGCACGUGGCCACUAGAGGGCAGAAACAACACAGGAGAGCAGGAGUUAUGAAAACCUGAACAAAAUACAAUCUUUAUUCAUUAUAUACAUUACAUACAAUGCAAUACUACAAGGCUUUCUACACAUUCACUGUAUCCACAGAGUAGUGCUCACUGAUCGGAGAGUACCAGCCUUAAAACUCCCUCUAACCACCCAGGGGUCGAGAGAAGGGCGAGAUGGAAAGAACAAAAAAAAAAAAA